AUGUACAAGAUCGAUGGAGUAGAAGUUGAUGAACACGAGGAUUGGAUGGACGCGCCAAUGAUAUUCGACGCAGAUGAUCUCGAAGAAUAUAUGGAGGAUCACAACGAUCCCUUGGUUCUCACAUUACCAGUGGCAGGAUGCAAUAUCAUGAAGAUUUUGAUUGACGGGGGAAGCUCAGUCAACGUUUUAUUUUAUGAUACGUUCAAGCGAAUGGAGUUAAAUGAUGAACAAUUGAUGUCUUCUUACUUCACCAUCUACGGAUUCAAUGGUGCCCCAACAAAGCCCUUAGGGGACAUUGAGUUAGGAGUAAAGACCGGACCGAUGAAGGUCAACACACAAUUCAGCGUCGUAGACGCCCCAUCUCCCUAUAACGAUAUCAUCGGCCAAAAAUGGGUGCACAAACUCAAAGGAGUAGCGGCAACGUAUCACCAAUACCUUAGAUUUCCAACACUUGAAGGGGUAAUGGAGAUUAAGGGCGACAAGGUCACCGCACGAUAA